GGGAUGCGCGCCAGGGGCGUCCUCGCCGCGCGGGCGGGACUGACAGGUCGGCCGGGCGGGCCGUGGGGCCGGGGCCAGUCCGCGCACCUUCGUGGGGAGGAAGCGAGGUCCCCGGGAGGAAGGAAUGGAUUUGGUUUCCCCGCAGUCUGGUUUGCGCGUAAAGAAUGCAGCCAUCUGGCGGCUUGCGGUCCCUGGACUUGCCCCGAAGGUGGGAAGGAAGCCUUACGGAUUGGACUAAGGUUUUAAUCUUGGGUGGGAGGCGGGGAGGAUAUGUCAGGCUUUAGGAGUAGUAGUCUCCGAGAACAAAGAAUUAGAGGACCCACAAGUCGUAAUCUCGACCGAAGUACUCUAAUGAGAUGAUUUAAAGCAAGGUUAGGUAGCGUAUGACCUUUUAAAAAAAAUAGUAUCCCACUAACCUGCAUGGACUCCACGGUUCGUGCCACGAAUCACUGGGAUGGUUUCGGCUUUCUUCUAUGGAAACUAAUCAGCAAUAUAAAGUGAUGAGGUAAACCGAUCAAUGUUGGAAUUGGGCAGAGAUUAGACACCUUUUUAGGCAGGUGUUCUUGAGUACCACUGACAACGCGGUUCUCAAAGUAUUUCUUGACAAUGGAUGGUGACAGUUCCACCACAGAUGCUUCUCAACUAGGAAUUUCUGCAGACUAUAUUGGAGGAAGUCAUUAUGUUAUACAGCCUCAUGAUGAUACUGAGGACAGCAUGAAUGAUCAUGAAGACACAAAUGGUUCAAAAGAAAGUUUUAGAGAACAAGAUAUAUAUCUUCCAAUUGCAAAUGUUGCAAGGAUAAUGAAAAAUGCCAUACCUCAAACGGGAAAGAUUGCAAAAGAUGCCAAAGAAUGUGUUCAAGAAUGUGUAAGUGAGUUCAUCAGCUUUAUAACAUCUGAAGCAAGUGAAAGAUGCCAUCAAGAGAAACGGAAGACAAUCAAUGGAGAAGAUAUUCUCUUUGCCAUGUCUACCUUAGGCUUCGACAGUUAUGUAGAACCUCUGAAAUUAUACCUUCAGAAGUUCAGAGAGGCUAUGAAAGGAGAGAAAGGAAUUGGUGGAGCAGUCACAGCUACAGAUGGACUAAGUGAAGAGCUUACAGAGGAGGCAUUUACUAACCAGUUACCAGCUGGCUUAAUAACUGCAGAUGGUCAGCAACAAAAUGUUAUGGUUUACACAACAUCAUAUCAACAGAUUUCUGGUGUUCAACAAAUUCAGUUUUCAUGAUCCGAAGAAAUGAUGGACUGGAGAGUGUAGAGAACUGAGUCUGUAUGAUUCCGGAACAGAGACAUUAGAAGGAGCUGACUGGUGAAAAGAUGUCUCUUUGUAUAUUAAAUAGUUGUAAUGUAGCUUCCCAAUGCUUGACUAAUUGAGGUGUUAAUUCUGACUUGAGAAUCUUUUUCAUGAAUGAUUUUAAAGAAAAAUUUGGAUUUUAAAGGUAUUAAAAUAUUUUUGUUUUGUACGAGAGUUUGUUGCUCUGUAUGACUCCUGUAUGCAUUGUAUAUUGCAGUUUAUUACUGUCAGAGAUUUGUAGACAGUUUCUUAUUUUCAUAUUGAAUCAUGUUACUUUUGUAAUAAUUCAAGUAAGCAGCUGGGUUAAUUCAUGAUGUUUGCCCUUUUAAUAAAAAAUAAGGGUAGAGUUCAUUUUGAAUGCAAGUUGCCUUUAUUAUAAAUUUGAGUUUGUCUUGGUUAUAUAAUACUUUGCAUGAUAACCUAGCUAGAUUUUUAGCAUUUGCCAUAUUUAUUAACUUUUUUGUAAAACAUUCAUAGCUUAAGCAGCACCAUUUUUUUAAAAAAAUGUAAUUGAGAAAUUAAGUGUGAAUGCAGAAGCAAAUAUUGUCGGCCCUAUUCAAGCUGGUGCCCGUUAACAGUGUUUACACUGUUCAUUGUGCCUGUUAAGAUAGUUUUAGUUUAUUGGAGCUUUUGUUAAGACUAGAUUUGUUUUUGAGUUACAUUAUUAUGAGUGUUGGAAUUCAUUGAAGUUUAAUGUAGUCCUAGUGCUCUUGAAAUGGUGCCCCUUUCAUUUUGUAUAUGAUUUUUCCAAAGGCAUAUCUUCAAAUACUAUAUAGUAUCCUCUUCCAGAAGAGGAAUUUCAUAGUCUGAUGGUAAAUGUCCUCAUUUUACCUUUUUAAUUGAAAUGUCAAGUUUCCUAUUAUGCUAUGGGAACCAAGAAAUAUCAGACAUCAUUGUGUGUAUACAGAGCUUUUUUGCAUGGGUGAGUGAAUGAAGUGAAGAACAGAGUUAGUGCUGUGAAUGGUGCGAAAGAGAAACCGCCAGCUUCUAGUGUGCUGUCUUGAUCUUUGCAAUAAACUAAAUUUAGAUAAUGUAACUUUGUAUAAUUUACUAGUAUUGUACUUGGGUUGUUCCUUUUUUAGAGUGAGGAUUUGUAUUUUCUCACCUAUUCUUUUUGGUGAUAACUAACUUGAGUCUCUUUAUUAUUUUUUUUAAAUCAACAAUUGCUCUUGUAUAGUUUGCCUAAAAGGCACUUUGAGUGAAUGUCAUCUUGGAAGGACACUCACAUUAUAAGGGAGAAGCAAUUUCCUAGAUACAGGCUGGACAGAAACAUUUACUUUGCCAGAAGGAGCUUUUGCGGGCACAACUGGGAUAAUCUGAAGUUAAUAACUCCCUCACUACCUUCCCAUUUAAAAAAUAAUCUUCAUUACAGAAAAUUCAAAUGGGCAAAAAAGGGUGGUUAAGCAAAACCAACUAUCAUCCUACUAUGUUAAAAACAAUGUUAAUAUUUUGGUAAAUAUGAUUUGUCCUUUUACUUUGCUAAAUAUGUAUAUUUUUAUAAAAAUGGGCUCAUACUUGCAUACUGUUUUGUAACAUGCUUUUUUCACUUAAUAUAUUGUGAACAUCUUUCCCAGGUCAUUACAUAGUCUUCUACUUUUAUUUCUUUAUUAUUCUGUUGUAUGGCUGAAACAUAAUUUAUUUAAUCUUCUAUUGGACAUUUUGACUAUAUACAUCUUUUCACAGUUAUAAAUGACACUUCAUUGAAUCUUGUGUACAUCCAUGACUGUUUUCUUCAAAUAAAUUCUAUUAGUAGAAUUGUUGGUUUAACAGAUAUGCAAAAUUUUAAGGCUUUUGAUACAUAUAUAAUUGUAUUUUUGAAAUAGCUUCCAUUUGAUCCAGGCAGUAUGUCAUUAUAUAACUGAUAAAAACACUUGAUCUUUGGUUAUCAGGUUCUUUCUCUAAAGUUUAAAGAUUGAGCUAUGUAUAAGAAUCAAGAUUAAAAAAUUAGACAACUUUAAAAUGUAUAUCAGUAUAUACCAAAAUAAAAUUCUAAAUUUAAUAAUUCGCUAUUAGUACUAAAACUUUAGAGUAUGUAAAAUUAGGUCAAUUUUGGAUUAUACGGGCUUCAUACUCUGAAAGAACAUUGGCAAUUUGCACGUGUCAGGUCCAUAAUCCCCUUUUAUGCAUGUGAGAAGUAGUGCUGCCUUCUUACCUGGCUAUGUUGCAUGUACUGAAUGUCAUGUUUUCUCCCCCCCAGAACUUAAGUAUAUAAGCUCCUACAAUAACCUAAAAGUUAGUUUUUAAAAUAAUUUUGUAUGUGUUGCUUUAUGAGUAUCUAAGAGAGAAAUGGGCUUCAGUGAUUAAGUCAUAGAAGAAGGGACCUUAAGUUAGCUUCUAUCUAUCUAUCCCCUCACUACCUCGUUAUAAACGGGGAUGCUUUAGUCCAGAGAAAAUUUUUUUAAAUGCUACCUUCCCAGUGUCAUAUGCUUGGGUAUGAUGAUGUUUUAAGCUAUUUGUAUAUCUUUUCCUCUUAUAGUAUACUAUCUAUGCAGUAUUUUCCUUUCUUCAAAAACAUGCCUUCUUGCAUAUCAAUUAGGCCUGAAAAAGGAAAAAAAAAAAAAAGUU